AUGGCAAAACGAACCCCAGCCGCCCGUCUCCGACGCACAUUCCGCUACCCCUCCGACGAUGACGACGACAACUCUUCUCUCCCCGAGGUCCUCGACGAGCAGGAACAAGAAUCCCUCAUCGAAUCCCUCGCCCUCCAAAACGCCGCCCGCAACAAAACCACCCACACCUUCCUCUCCGUCUUCCCACCCCUCUCCGCCAUCCCUUUCCUCAUCGCCCUCUUCUUCCCACCAUCCCACAAAACAGGCAGCAGCAACACCACUCUCGUCCCCCUCCUCGGCCUCUCCUCCCUCGCCGCAACAAGCUGGAUGUUAUACCAUCUCAAUGUGACCGAAACCGGGUUCCCCUUUCUCGACUCCCCUUCCCCACCAACCCCCCAGGGUACGACCACAACAGCCGCCGAGACAAGCGGCAUCGGGUCAGGCUACGGCCUCAUCAAGAACAACAAAAGGCCCUUCGCCAAACCCAACAUAACCUCCUCCCGCGCCGGUAUCCUCGGCUCAACGACCCACGAAAACUCCUCCUCCCCACUAACCCGCUACCUCCCCAUCCUCAACAUCGCCCUCGCCCUGCUCACCUUUCUCACCGCCUUCCUCCAACAUCUAGUCCAACAGCGACAACAACAAGAAGCACAAAACCCCGAUCAUACCGAUAACAGUCGUGGAGGAGGCGUCAACCCCUUACUCCUCGGCGCACUCCCCGGGAUCGUGUACGCCGUUGUUAUUGGGGCUAAGAUGGUUAUGGCCAGUGUGGAUCCGGAGAGAGAGUUGAGUGGGUUGAAGUAUCGAUAUAAGGGGGCGUAG